UUUCGUCCGCUUUGCGAUUUUUGUGCUAAGCUUCCAUUGUAAUAAUGAGAAAUGUGUUACUGUAAAAUGCUUUUCACAAACAAAAAUACAAAAAACGACUCAUAAAUUUCAUAGUUUGCACCAAUGAGCAAUGUGUUAUGGUUAGAAGUUAUUAGACAUGGGUUUGACCCAUUUUAUGUAUUUGUUUUUAGUAGGAUGUAUCUCUUCAACAUUAUUUAUCAAAGCAGAAAAACACGAUGGAAAUGUUUUAUGUAAUUCAACUACCGAUGAACGUGUGGAAUAUGAGUUUUCAACGGAUGUAGUUCGGAGUGAGCACAUAAUAACUUUCAAUGGAUAUUACACAAAAACAUCGCGGGAAAACUACGUAGCUGCGGCAUUAAGAAAUGCUGGAAUAACAAAUUGGACAGUACAGCAACGUGAGAAUGCGGCUAAGGAAUAUCCUAGUGACUUUGAGGUGGUUGUACUAAAUGACCAUGGAAGGGUUGCUCUUGAUGCCCUCAAGGACCACCCUGCUGUUCGGAGAGUCACAGCUCAACGACAAGUGCAGCGUACUAUAAAAUAUAUUAAAGAGGAUGACUGUGACAAUCCUGGUUGCCUGUACGGCGGCUGGAGGAACCACCGGCAUCGCUCGCGCUCUUUACAUUCCUCUAGAAAAACUAAAGAUAGUGAUGGAUAUUCAUCUCGCAAGCUGUUAAGAACUGUACCCCGUCAAAUCACAUCAGUUCUGAAAGCUGAUGUACUAUGGUCCCUUGGAGUAACAGGCGAAGGUAUUAAAGUUGCGGUCUUCGAUACGGGUCUGUCUCGCAACCACCCGCAUUUUGGUCGUAUCCGGGAACGAACGGAUUGGACGGGCGAGAAGACACUGGACGACGCGCUUGGACACGGGACAUUUGUGGCCGGCGUGAUUGCGUCCAAGGCGGACUGUUUGGGCUUCGCGCCGGACGCUGAGCUGCAUAUAUUUAGGGUCUUUACUGAUAAUCAGGUGUCGUACACAUCUUGGUUUUUGGACGCGUUUAACUACGCUAUAAUGAAAAAGAUAGAUGUACUUAAUUUAAGCAUCGGAGGGCCUGACUUUAUGGACCAUCCGUUUGUAGAUAAAGUGUGGGAACUUACCGCAAAUAAGGUUAUAAUGGUAUCAGCCAUUGGUAACGACGGUCCCCUCUACGGGACGCUCAACAACCCAGCAGACCAGAUGGACGUCAUCGGAGUGGGUGGGAUUGGGUUCGAUGAUCGGAUCGCAAAGUUCUCCUCCAGGGGCAUGACUACCUGGGAACUGCCUCAUGGUUAUGGGCGAAUGAAACCGGACAUAGUAACGUAUGGCAGUGGAGUAAGGGGCUCCAGUGUGAACGGUGGAUGUCGAUCUCUAAGUGGAACAUCAGUAGCAUCUCCCGUAGUGGCCGGUGCUAUAGCGUUGCUAGCGAGCGGCGUCCCGCGGCAGAAUUUAACACCCGCGUCCGUGAAACAGGCCCUAUGUAUAACGGCCAGACGGUUGCAAGGGCCGAACAUGUUCGAACAGGGACACGGGAAAUUGGACCUUAUUAGCGCUUACCAGUUCCUCAGAGAGUACGUACCACAAGCAAGUCUAAGCCCACCAUACAUAGAUCUCACAGAGUGCCAAUACAUGUGGCCAUAUUGUACCCAACCGUUGUACUAUAGCGCUCAACCAACCAUAGCGAAUGUUACGAUAAUAAACGGACUCGGAGUCGCUGGGGAUGUGACACAAGUUAGCUGGCAUCCCCAUUUGCCAAAUGGACCAAUGCUCUCAGUGUCUGUGGACUACAUUGAUAUAAUAUGGCCUUACUCUGGUUGGCUCGCACUGAGAUUUAAUGUGCUGGAGAGCGGCGCCGAUUUUGAUGGUGUUGUUGAGGGGCAUGUCAACAUAACUGUUGAGAGCUUUGACGAGACGUUCCGCCAAAAGACGAGGAACACAACACUAAUGCUACCUAUACGCGCGCGUAUAAUCCCCGUCCCGGUACGGUCUCGCCGUCUCCUCUGGGACCAGUUCCACAGCCUGCGCUACCCGGGCGGGUACUUCCCGCGCGACGACCUGCGCGCCAAGCACGACCCGCUCGACUGGCACGCGGACCACAUACAUACAAACUUCCGCGACAUGUACCGACGGUUGCGGGAACACGGAUAUUAUGUGGAAGUAAUGGGUUCACCUCUAACUUGCAUCAACACAUCACUGUAUGGCGCUCUCCUACUAGUGGACCCUGAAGACGAGUAUUUCCCUGAAGAAAUGGCCGCUCUUAAAAAGGCUGUGGAUACGGGACUAUCUCUUAUCGUGUUUGCCGAUUGGUACAAUGCGUCUUUACUACGACACGUUAAGUUUUAUGAUGAGAACACGCGGCAAUGGUGGAUUCCUGAAACUGGUGGAUCAAAUGUACCAGCUUUAAACGACUUACUGAGUGUUUUCCAGGUGGCACUAGGAGAUCGCGUGUUUGAAGGCACUUUUAAACUGGGCGGGCAUGCAAUGUACUACGCAAGUGGCACGCACAUACAUAGCUUCCCUGAACAUGGCGUAUUGGUGAACGCGAGACUCGUGGACCAGGGGCAACAGAUAAUGUCGGGAGGCAAGGCGAGUGGGCACACAGGGUCCAAUGUGCCGACGGUGGAUGUGCCGAUCUUGGGCCUGUUGCAAACGGACGGUGAAACUAAAGACUACAAUAAUGAUACUAUGGAUAAAAUACCAAAAGCGGGUCGACUAGUAGUAUACGGCGACUCCUCUUGCCUCGAGAGCGGGUCAGCCCGUCCUUGCCACUGGCUGCUACUAGCUGCCUUACAAUACGCCCUCGGAGGGCAUAUUCCCUCCUCACUGCAAGAUGCUGCGGCGUCGAGACAGCAUCGAGACGUUCAUAUUAUACCCUCGGAACUCCCGCGGCGCUCUGAAGGCGGUCGGCUGCACGCGUACUCGCGCGUGCUGUCCGCGGACGGCGCAGCGCGGCCGCUGCCCGAGUGCGCGGCGCACCCCGCGCUGGCCGCCGCGCCGGUGCACGCGCCGCCCGCCGCGCGCACGCUGGCCCCGCGCCACCACCCCACCGACCCGCGCACUAUCGGUGCCCCAGAGACGGAAGGCACGGAGCCGGCGCCCCGCGCGUGGCGCGGCGCGGGCGUGGCCCCCAAGCCGCACGGGCCCGACCACGAGGGCUCCAGCUUCAGCUCCAAGGCCCUCACCGUGCUCGCCAUCGUCGCCAUCAUCUACUGCAUCGUCGUCUUCUGGAAACGAUACGGCCGCAAGAUGAAGAGACGCAAACUCAUCUCGCUGGCCACCUGAAACCGGCUUAAAUGGAGACUCUCCAUCUUCUACCGCAUGAAAUGCAACAAGUAUUGGUGAUAUUUGCGAAAAACCGACUAGCGCCGGUACUAUGUGGAACGGUAUGCGGAGUGCAAAAAAUACAAAUGAGUGUUGUGGCUGUGGUUUAUAAACUGUACAGUGUAUUCGAGGACAAUAUAGGAAGGAAAGAAAUUUAGAAAAGUAUUUAUUAAUUCUCUUGGUACGUUGUUAGAAUGUGGUAAAUCGGCUGACUGAGACGGGAUAAGUGAACGAAGUAAACGCAUUUUUGUUAAGCUAUUUGAAUAUUUAUUGUGGACGUGAAUGGUGUAUUGUUACUGAGGUGAAUUCUAAAUGGCGCACAUUUAUCUGUUGAUACUGUAUGAAAUUUUAUUAAUGAUAGUGUAAGAUGUGAUGUGCGUACUUGAUACAAUAUUAGACGGUCUAGUAAAUGGUUUAAAAUAUAUUUGUAUAACAUUAUAAUUCGGUGUCGUUUAUGUAAAACAAUGUGUCCAGUAUACAGUUUCGUAAAUUUUGAAAUAUACCAAUGUUGAAUGAUAUAUUUGAGUAAAACUUUAGUAUGUUUAAGUAAAUUACCUUAAGUAGCCAAAUUUUUGAAGACAAAAUUCGAUGUUUACUAUUACGAGACAUUAUUUUAGUAAGCGAAUAUAUUAUAUACCAAGAAUAUUGAAGUGUCUAUACUAAUAAUAUAAUGUAUGUAUAAAAAAUAAGAAGACUUUUAUUGAACAUAUAGCUUGAAAAUGUGUGAAAUUAUUAAGAAGUCUCUAACCACUAUGACAACACCGCAUACAGCUAUAAAAUAGUGACUCGUUCUAAACUUACCUCCGACCUGCGAUCACUUUAUUUACUGACUCCUAUAAAAUCUUCCUUAGUAAAAUUUAGUGGUAAUACCAGACCAGUUUAGGGCCAAUUCUGGUGGGAACCUAAAAAAUAUUUAGGUCCUCCAGAUAAAAUAAAAUACGUAACCCAGUAGUCCGUUAAAAGAUUGGGAUGUUAAUUAUUAAUUCUGUGAGAUAAAUGUCUUCUCAUUAAUAGGCCGUAUAUGAAGUUUCGUUAAAUAGAAAAUUGUACCACAGAUUACAAAAUAUUUACUAUGAACCUUGUACUUAUUUUGGAAUCCCUUGUGGGAUUCAUAAAAAGAUAAAAGUGUAAAGUUAAACUUAAAAGAGAUAUGAGUAUUGCCUGGGUUGAAUGGUGAAUCCUGGCAAAUAAAAGACUUACUGUCCCUUUCUUGCUCUAAUUUUCGUUUAGUUAAUUAUUGCUUCCAUUAUCCGGAAUUAUAUCCAGUUUUAUAUUUAUUUUUUACAAUAAAAUAUAUAUCCUGACAUCACAUAGGAAACACGGCAAUUAGAUUAGUAAUACACUAACUUCUAAAAUAUGUCGAACAUUGGUUUGAAGACAUAUUUUAGAAGUAAGACCCUUGUGACCGACCGACCCGAAGUAAGUUUACUUUAGGAUCGGAAUUGAUAUGUUGAUAUAAUAGGUAUUGUAGUUUAAAUUCUUUGGUGUUUAUCUAUUUAUUAUUCCAUUGGUUUAUCGAAGUUUGUGUGUGUCACUUGCUUACAAAAUACGAAGAAAUAACUACGCGGGGCUAUUUAUGAGACUGGCAACUUAAUAUGAUAUUGAUGUAGUAGGUCUUAUUAUUUAUAAGUAUACCUAAUAUUUAUUAUUAACUCAGCCCCCGUAAUCACAGACACAAUAGAAAAUCUAUUGUGUCGUGGACCGAUCGGGCCACUGGGGGCUCAAUGGGUUAUUAUACAUUGUAUUAUAGUUACUAAAAUUAUGUCAAUUAAAUACGCAUGUGUUUAUUGUAAAGACUGUAUUAAAAUUUUCUAAGAUUGUUCUCGCAUAACAAUUUUGUGCGAAUUAUCGUUAGGACUAAUGAAUUUCACUUCAACACUUAUGGGGUCAAUUGAAUCGUUUCUAUAAUUUCCAACGGGUAUUUUAUAUUAUCAUUAUGUUCUAUAAACUUGAAUAAUAGUGUACUGUUUGAUACAUUGUAACUCGCUAAAA